AUAAGCUUAACAUCCUGCUCGGCACACCCGGCGCAUGUUAGCCAAUGGCAGUGGAAGUACGCUUGCGACUUGCGAGGGAGGGGUUGUGGGCAAACAAACCGGACUGAGAGUGAGAGGGGCGGACAUUUCGAAGGCUCUGCUAACCAAACUCAACCAUACAUACUCCGUCGCCUCCAUUGUUCUUCAGAUCUCUCUAUUGCACUUUCUCCUCUCUCUCGCUCCCCCCUCCCCCCCCCCCCCCCCCCCCCCCCCCCGGGAAUUCCAAUCGAAUCGCUCAUCGCUUCUCCUCCCUCCUCUCAUGGAGUUCGCUGCAGUUCUUCGUCCUUUCCACUAUUCCACAGGCACUCUGUCACAUAUGCGUUUCUUACUUGAGAAACCUGGCCUGGUUCCUAUGUAUAAUGCUGCACCACAAACUUUGAGGCAAUCAUGCGUCCAAAGAUUGACAAUUGGUGGGAAGCUUGUUUCUUCUCCAAUAGCACGGAAAGAAACAUUAAUUUCAUGUGUAAAGACAUCUGAAACUGCUGUAACAGCUAAGUCCAAUGAUAGCAGUCUGAAAGGAUCAUUGCAGAAGAACUCAGUACGCACUGCAACUUUUCCUAAUGGGUUUGAGGCAUUGAUCUUGGAGGUUUGUGAUGAGACGGAAGUUGCUGAGCUGAAGCUAAAGGUUGGAGACUUUGAAAUGCAUCUCAAGCGGAACAUUGGAGCCACAAAAUUUCCUAUGUCUAACAUUUCCCCCACAACUCCGCCACCUAUUCCAACUGAACCCAUGGAUGAAUCAGCCCCUGUUGCUGCACCCUCAUCACCAUCACCAUCAUCACUGCCACCAAAAUCCACUUCUGAGAAAACCAAUCCAUUUACAAAUGUCUCCUCAUUGAAGUCAUCAAAGCUAGCAGCCUUGGAAGCUUCUGGGACUAAUGCAUAUGUUAUUGUGUCAUCACCAACGGUUGGUUCAUUUAGAAGGGGCAGAACAGUGAAAGGAAAGAAGCAACCUCCCAUUUGCAAAGAGGGUGAUGUAAUCAAAGAAGGACAAGUUAUUGGCUUUCUGGAUCAGUUUGGCACUCAACUUCCAGUGAGGUCAGAUGUGGCUGGAGAAGUCCUAAAAUUUCUCUUUGAUGAUGGAGAAGCCAUUGGUUAUGGAGAACCUCUCAUUGCUGUAUUACCGUCAUUUCACGGUAUCAAGUGAGUCAUUGCCAAAGUUGCACGCCGUUAGGAGGUCUGAGGUUGUUUUUCUCAAGUCCCUUUUCUGUUCAUUCCAUCUCGUGAAUGUUUGUUUUGUGCAAUCUGGGGGGACGGCAUAGUUUGUGGUAUUAGUUGAUGUUUCUUUUCACUUAAUGGACUAUCAUCUGCAAAUAAGGGACUGCAUUAGACUUGAUCAGAGUUUGUCACUUUUGUUGGACAAUGCUUUUGUAUAUUGGGGUAGAGCCGAUAGUCAUUGCUCAAGGAUACUAGCAGGACUGCUCCAACACCGGCUGGAUGUUUUUUCAUUGAACUUUGGACGCUGUAAUGACAAAUUGUUAAAAAAAAAUAUUGAGAAGAGAAAAGUAUGCCACUGCACAUUCUGCGUACAUGGUGCAGCAAGCUGUAGAUGUAUAAUCCUUUUUGAUUUGGAUGUGGGCUUGGGGAAUUUGAAGCUCAUCUGAGUGAGCCAGUUCAGAAAAUGAAUGUAUAUUCCCGCCUUCCCUGGCUUGGUGGAAAAUAUCAACCAAAUUCCUGA